AUGGGGUGCUGCUGUAGUACGGACGAGGACAAGGAUCUCGAUGCUCCCAAUGAGAGAACACCUAUUUUGCGGCAAGAUCAUUCUAGCCACGGUGAUGGAGGCCAGUCAGGGCUUAUCUACUCACAAGACAACCAGAGAGAGGACGAGCAGUCGGAAAUUACCAGAAUUUUAAGACAGACAGCAAUCAACAUCAUUGAUGUGACCUCAUCAGAUUCACACAAUUUAGAACAAGGGUAUUUGCAGGACAGGACCACCCAGUACAGCAACCGAUUAAACAUGGUGCUGUCUGGAUCUGGCAAGUCAUUCGUUUAUCAACCACAGCUGCCUGGUGCGAUCACUUCACCUCACAUGAUAUUAUCUGCACCACCAGUAUCAUUAUCAGAUGUUCAGAUGAUUACAUCCUUCAGUGAGAAACUGGCAACAGCUGCCAGGGAGAUCAAGAUUCAACACAAGGAAAACUUAGUGGUGCCUUUCAGAGUGUCUUGA